GUCAGUUAGUCAGUCAACGAAACACGCGAAUUACAAAAUCGCGGUUGCGUUCGCCCGCGAUUCUGAGAUCUCGCGCAGUUAAACGGCUCUUUCCACGAGUUGGUGUUAUCGACUCUCUUAGCGACAAAGCAACAAUCGAUACUCGCCAGUAGGAAAAAUAUAGAAAGGAAAUCACGAGCGAAUUUCUCGCUGUUUGUCGCGAGCGCGAUCGUGAGUGACGCAACCGGCCGCGACUGUCAAUGAUCACCUUUUCUUCGCGAAUAGGAAGAACAAACGGCGGUUCGUUAGCGGUCGAUAAACAGCAGCCGGUAGUCACUGUGUGCGCGCUAUAAGACGUCCUGGAUCAGCAGAGUGCAUACCAGUAGAUCUGCCACUACCGUCCGCCUCCGUCGAUCUAACGCGCGUCAUCUGUCGAUCGAAUCUGGCCUAUUCAUUUAUUGUUAUUCUAAUGCGUCGCGAAUUAGAAGGCGGCACGAGAAACGCUGUCCGCGAAUUUUGGAAUUGAGCGAUUCGGAGUGAGACUUGCGACAUUCCGGGAGGUUGGAAGCUCCCGUGGGAAGGAAACGACUCAACGAGAAGGAUAUGCGCAAAUACUGAAGGUGUGUUCCUCGUUGAGUCCAAGUGUGUGGAUCAGAGAAGUUAACUAAUGGAAAACGAACUUCACAGUUGGUUGUAGAGGGAAUAAAAGGGCAGAAAUUUAUACAGAGAAUAAUGAGAACAAAGUGGAAAAAUGCACGAGUGUCGGAAAUUUAUUCGCCAAUAAUUUCGAGAGCGUCGCGAACUAAAACGAUCACAGAAGACAGUUUCUAAGAGAGAAGAUGGUCUUACACUUGAGACGAGAAUAUUUGUGACCAAUUGUCGAGUGUGAGAAAUGCUCCAGAUCUUUGCAAAAAACCAAGAGAAUCGAUAAGUACAUCGAGACAGUACAAAUACUGAUCACCUGUUUAUCAGUCUCGUCUACGUCAUUAGAUUGAAGAAUCCUUCGAGUCGUUAGAUUAAAGGGAUCUUCGGAUCAGGUGAGAGCUCGCGAUAGCGCAAUAGUGAAACGUCAGCAGACCGCGCGUCUUCGCGUCAAGGAAGGUCUUGAUAUCGGUCUGAAUAUCGGGUAUCAAAAAAGAAAAAUUAGAACAGGAUCUUUGCAAUUGGCAAAUUGAUUCGUUUAGAAUGUCAACGAUUGGGAUAUCGCACGUGGUCGAUCCAUCUUUUAAGUGAGCCACGUUCAACAUUCGGGACAUUCAGGACAUUCGGGACCGAGAGGUCAGUGCUGUGCAUCAAGAGAGCGGAUCGAGAUGAAUGGAAUGAACGGUAACGUGCCGAAAAUGAGCGACAAAUCGUCGUCGCCCGAUUGCGGAGAAGAUCAGAAGCUGUUGCCGCCGACCACGCCGACGACGCCGAUGAUCCUGCAAGUGACAAAGAAUCCGUACUCGUCUUUCAGGUACAGGAGCCGAUACCGGGCUGGACCAACGCGGAAGCUGCGUCGUCGCGCCGUCUUGAAGAACGGCGACUGCAAUGUACUGCAGUCGCGCAUCUCCAGGCGAUCGCUGCGCUUCCUGCAGGAUAUCUUCACGACGCUGGUAGACACGCAAUGGCGUUGGACGCUGCUGUGCUUCAUCCUGAGCUUCUUCUUGUCCUGGUUAGGCUUCGCGGUGAUCUGGUGGCUGAUUGCCUUCACUCACGGUGACUUCGAGGAAAGUCAUCUGCCGCCCUUCCAAGUGGAGAAUAACUGGACACCCUGCGUUUACAAUAUCUUCAGUUUCACCAGCUGUUUCCUCUUCAGUAUCGAGACCCAGCACACCAUCGGAUACGGCAGUCGCUCUACUACCGAGGAGUGCCCCGAAGCCAUCUUCGUCAUGUGCAUUCAGAGCAUCGCCGGCGUCAUGAUCCAGGCCUUCAUGGUGGGUAUCGUGUUCGCCAAGAUGACACGCCCGAAGCAACGCACCCAGACCCUGUUGUUUUCGCGGAACGCCGUCAUCUGUCAACGAGACGGUGAGCUCUGUCUCAUGUUCCGCGUGGGCGAUAUGCGGAAGAGUCACAUCAUCGGCGCGAGCGUUCGCGCUCAGGUGAUUCGCAACAGAACCACGAAGGAGGGCGAGAUAUUGUCGCAGAACCAACAGGAGCUGGUGGUGGGCACCGACGGCCAGAAUGGCGAUCUAUUUUUCAUCUGGCCGACCACCAUCAUCCAUCGAAUCAACGAGGAGUCACCCUUCUACAACAUGUCGGCCGAAGACAUGCUUACCGAUCGUUUCGAGGUAGUGCUGAUCCUCGAGGGCACCAUCGAGUCCACAGGACAGACCACACAGGCCAGGUCCAGCUACUUGCCACAGGAAAUUCUCUGGGGUCAUCGAUUCGAUCCCAUGGUGAGCUACUCGAAGGAACGACAAGGCUACGAGGUGGAUUACUCGCUGUUCGACAGUACCACUCAGGUCGACACCCCCUUGUGCUCCGGCAAGGAACUCGCCGAAUUCUACAAGGUGCAGGACGAUCUUCGUCACGGAACCGGUGUCCCGAUCGAUGAGGAUCUGAUGGAGCGACAAUGCUGGUGUCAGCCAAUCAAUCAGCGGCGUUUUAAAGUGUCCCUCGCGCCCCUGGAUACUCCAAAGAGUCACGGCAGCAUAGAGGAUGAGCAGAGGUGGCCAAAUGCCGGCAGAGUUCAGCCAAGUUUGAACAAUAUUCCGCAUGGACCUCAAAUGGAAAAUGUUGAAUCGCCGAGGGUGUUUGACUUUGACCCCAACGCCAUUCAAGUGAUGGACGAUAUGGAAUUUGAACAUUUACCAGAAGCAGUGAACCAAGAGAUCCUGAAAAACAGUCAAGAGAUCGUCUUCGAAGAUGAGGAAGGAGUUUCACGGAGAGGCCCGAUAAAACUGUACGAAGAAAGAAGCAAAACUCUUAGAAGUAGCCGGAAGAUUAUCCUUGAAGAAGAGAGAGAAAACAUACAGGGACCCCUGGAAAGGAACAGAUUAAACGUAAGAAAUACUUCCAAGAUUUACAAGGAAGAGAAAUUACCUCUCAUGAAAGUGGAAGAAAAUCAUGAGGACGUGAGGAAUAUUUUACAAAUACCCGGUAGAAGAUGCAAAAUAAAGAACAACAAGAAUCACAAAAUGUAUCUUGAAAGAGAAUUAAGGAUACAGGAUCAGAGAUGUCACGUUGUACCAGUAAAUCAAGAUCAGAAAACAGAUAUCUUUUUGAACGAGGAGCAAAAAUCUUUAAGAAAACUUAACAGAAAUCGCAGAGAUGAAUCCGUAAUAAGCAACGGAAGAUUCUUCGAGGAAUCCGAAAGAAACGCAAUCGGCCAACUGACUUUUUCAUUGAAUCGAGAUCAGGAGAAUCCGAAGACAGAUCUCUUCCCAAACAAAAAGCCCGCAAUGGAUCUUAGUACACAUUUAAUCGACGAUUCUUUUGCGACGAAUGACAGAGUACUCUUCAAGGAAUCCAAGAGAAAUGCGAUCAACACGAGGGAUUAUGAAAUAUGUCUUGAGAAAAGAUUAGAAAUGCAUGAUCCUUUAUUAAAUAAGAAGCAAGACGAUGAGGAAGUCUUCGAGCAACCAAAAAGAAACGCGAUCAAUAACAUGAAAUAUAUUAAGAUGCUGGAGGAAGGAUACAAAACUUUGAGAGAAUCGUUGACGUUAAAUCAACGAUCGAAUCCUGACAUUUCUGAACGGGAAAAUGACCAUUGGGUGAAGCGAUACGACAAGAUCAGAAUCGAGAGCGAGAAGAGAAGACCCGCUAGUCGUCUCGCCAAGAUAAUAAUACAACGUAAAUAUCAUCCCGCUGAUUUCCGGUCUCUGGUGUCUCCGUUUUCCGAUCUCUCGCCGGAAUCGGGUUUUUACGAAGGAAAUUUGUCCAACUUGAGUCCAGAAUGUGGUCGAACGAAACCACACUUGCUCCCUAGGAACAGGUUUGAGGAUGUUGAUGAAGUAAAAGGAGAUAGCAGCUCAUCGGAGAACAACUUAUCUCAAAAGAGUGUGUUUGGUGACGUCCGUAUCCCGGAAGAGUGUGUUCAAGUGCCAAUUGUCGCGGUAUCCAGACACGUAUGUGACAAUAUUCAGAUUGUUGAUGAGAGUAGGACUUCUUCGCGUAGCAAUCUCUCUCGAAAGCGCUUCAUCAAUGAAGAUGACAUUUCAGUGAAGUGCGCCAAAAGUCGAAUUAUCGAUAUAUCUUCUCAUACGGGCAACAGCAUCGAAAAUGUCGCUGAGAAUAGAGCUUCUUCGGAUAGUAAUCUGUCUCAUAAGCACUUUUUUGAUGAAGACCACAGCACAUUGAAGUAUAUCGAAGUUCCGUUUAAUUAUAUAGACAACAGUAUCCAUGAUAUUAAGCAUAGGGUUUCUUCGGAUAGCGAUUUGUCUUCCAAACGCUUCGUUGAUGACGAUAACAAUCUAGAAGAGCGGCUUGAAGAUCUGGACACUCGUUUAAGCAAAAACGACCAACGUUUUGUUGAGAACGACAGCGACGUAAUAAAAUGUGCCAAUGUUGCAGUCUCGGGAGAAAGAAUUACUUGUACGGAUAACGACUUGCAGCACAUUAAUGAAACGAUGACGAAACGUAGCUUCUCAAAUGUAUCUAGAAAAUUGUUUAACGAUUUUGACGACUCGAACGAGCAAAAUUGUUACUUGAUGUUAGCUAAGACGAAUCAUAAAUUGUAGGUAAGCGGCGAAAUAUUGAGUUUUGAAUGUUUCCUCUUUUAUUUUCUUGUUUCCUUUUUUUUAUUUUAAGAAAAUGAUAUUAAUUUUUGAAGAAAUGAUAUUAAUUAAAUUAUAUUAGACGUGUGUGUGAUUCAUGCAAAUGAUAUUAAUACCAUAUGAUUUUCAAGACGUAUAUUGAUGAAAACGCGCUUCUUUCUCUUUAUCGAAAUUACUCAGUCGAAUAUAUAUUGCAGAGUAUUUAUUAUUAUUGUUACAGCACCAAUGUAUUAUAUCCGAAUAAUACAUUUGUGUUAAUGGUAUGAUUAAUUUAACGAUUUAUUAUGUUAAUUUAUAUGUUAUAUUGAGAAUGUUAUAGAAAUAAAAUGACUUGCGAAUACGAAAUCCAACAUAAUCGAUCGAGACACUAUUUAUAUAAUAAAGAUACAACACGAGAAAUUA